UUAUAAUGGGAAAGUGUGAAUCUCACUGAUCCAGAGUCAGUCUCUCCCGCACAUCCGGGUGUCGCCUCCACAGCGCAGACUCGUGCGGUGAUUGCAGCUCUGCGUUUCCGCGUUAGCAGCGGGGGGAACCAGCCGAGGGGAGGGAACGGAACACACCGAAGAUUGGCCAAAUCUAACCGGAUUACUCUGCCCGUGUAGUGAUUAAAAUGAAAACCAAGUGACACUCGACCCUCCGGUCCGUGUUUUAGGGAAUGAGUGUGGGAUUAUGGCGCGAGACUGGAUGACAACACUGUCUGACAUGUGAGGACGAGCACAACAACAGUGUGUCCGUGUAUGCACAUCUCUGCGUUCGUUUCGCAUUCGCUGGAAAACAACAUGAAGAAGUUUAAUAUCAGGAAGGUGUUGGACGGAUUGACCGCGGCGUCUUCUUCCUCCUCCUCUGCCGCCGCCGCGUCCCCUCAGUCGGGGAAUGACAUGAUUCAGGAGACCCUGCAGUCCGAGCAUUUCCAGCUCUGCAAGACAGUGCGGCAUGGCUUUCCCUAUCAACCCUCCUCCAUGGCUUUCGACCCUGUGCAGAAAAUCCUGGCUAUUGGCACACAGAGUGGAGCCCUGAGACUGUAUCCUUUUCAUAUGAAGAUCUGGCAACUUAACCAGCCCAACUUACUUGGUGAGGAAAGUGUCAAAUGUGCUACUGUUGUUUGUGUAUAUUUAAACAAAGGCAAUCCUCCUACCCUUCUGUGUUGGAAGCCUUGUUGCACAUAAUAAUUGACUUGUUCA